CAACUGAUGGAAGACUAUGGCUUUCAGAAUUGCACUUUGCGCAUUCAGAUCUUCCAUACAUACACGUUUGUUGGUGCUUACAACAUUUCCAUUGGCCUGUAUAAUGGUCUGGAUGUUGUUAAUGCAGCACUAGCAGAGCUCAUACAGGUUUAUGAUCCCAUAACCAAAAUUGAUUUAUUUCUAUGGGAUAAAGUAUUGCCUUCAAAAACAAAUCUUACUUUUCGGGUUGUAAGUAUAGUCAGUAAGAUAGGUUCACAUUGUGUUUGGACUAUUCAGAAAGAUAACAGUACAGUAAGUAGAAGAAUGACCGCUGAUUGGCUUCUCCAGCACACAUUUGAUGCACCAGGAAUCUACGUGUUAAACGUGACAGCUUCUAAUCCGAUCAGCAAUGCUUCGUUUAGUACAACUAUUGAAGUCCAGGAUGCAGUUGAAGGCCUCUCAGUGUCCAGCUCUAGUCCCAGAUACUUACCAACGGGUUCCACAAUCAUUCUUCAUGCUCAUGUAGUCCAAGGAACCAACAUUACAUACACAUGGACUUUUACUUCAAACUCUACAAAUGUACAUACAAAUACACCUCAUGUGAUGUAUUCCUACUCAGAGCCAGGAGUUUACUUGGCCAGUGCAUCAGCAAGAAACAAGUUAAGUGAAACAACUGGAAAUGCCAUCCAGUUUACAGUGCAAGAUGUUGUGGGAGAUAUUACAACUAGCAUUCCCAACAUAAUUACAGUCAACCAAACAGUAAUUAUCUCUAUUUGUGUGACCUCUGGUACACAUCUGACUCUUGAAAUAUUUGUAAAUGAUUCCACUGUGUUUAACACGAGCAGUUAUGUGGCAGAGAGUUCGCUGGAUUUGCCAUUUACCUUCAAUCAAAUUGGGGAAUUACAGAUGUUGCUUCAAGUCACAAACCUAAUCUCUUCAAACAAUGUUACAUUAACAACGUUGGUCGUAAAAGAAAUUCACAUUAUCUCUAUAGAAAUACAACAACAACCUAUUGUAGAAGAAGAUGUCAUUCUUAUUGCAAAGGUUAAUGAAUACUUGUGGAGAAACAGAGCAUAUAUAUACAAAUGGACUUUGUUUGACAAUCAGACUGUGACAACUGGAAGCCCGGUUAUAAUGUACAGGUGUAAAAAAGCUGGCCUUCAGAAGGUUGCUCUAUCUGUUUCCAAUCUGGCAUCAGAAACUUCGAGUGAGCUUGUGCUAAAUGUUUCCAAACAGACUCAUGGUCCGCGACUCAUUCAUUUGGCCAACACGGCAGCUGGACAGGCCGUAAUCUUUAAAUUCAAGAAUAUUUCGCUCGACGUGGAUGAAGCUGUUAUCCUGUUUGGUGAUGGGACUACAACAAACAUUUCAACUUCCAAUUGUAGUAGUUUCAGCAUCAACCACACUUACUCAUUUGCUGGAAUAUACAGUGUUGUUGCCUUCUUCAGUAACAAUCUUGUUACACUGUCUUCAACCAUUGUAACUCAGGAUGUUAUUGAAGACCUCCGCCUUACUGGUCCAAAAUUCUUGAGCCUAUCUACAAGCCCACUUCAGCCUUCUGUUGUAAAAUGGACUGCAAAACUUACAAGUGGAUCAAACUAUAUCUUUCUGUGGCUUUACUCAGACGGCAAAAUGAAUCAUACUGUCGUAGGUCCAAACCAGUUAAUUAUGACGAUAAAUUCAACUGGUUUAAUAACCGUGGAGGUUGCGGCCCAGAAUGAAGUGAGUCAUGCCAGAUCCAGCAUGACCACAGUGGCUCAAUAUCCGAUCAUGAGCAUCGUUGUUACUGUGGUCCGUGUGGCUCUGAACAAGGCCAGUAAUAUCAUGCUGAAAAUAAAGCCCAAACAGGACUACAUCAUUUCAAUAGAUUAUGGCGACAGAACAAAUAACCUUUUUGAAUCACAGCAACUUAAUUCCCAAACCAGUUGCUUGGAGACCCCAUAUCAUUGCUCAAAUUUUGUUUUUCAACAUAUGUACAAAGCUGUUGGUCAAUAUCUUUUGAAUGCCACAGUAUCCAAUAAUAUUAGUACAAUAGUAGCAGCAGCUGUUGCUGUUGUUGAGGAGCCCAUUACUGGUCUUCUGUUGAUUCUCAAUUCACCUAGAGUGAUCAAGUUUAAAGAUUACAUUAAUGUGACAGCAUUAGUACAAACAGGCACCGAGGUUACCUUCCAGUGGAUCAUUUCAGUACCUCAUUCGAAUCCUUUUACUUUUACGCAAGAGGGCAAUCUUAUCAGCACGAUUAAUUACCAAGCACUUGCCGGAGGCAACUACUAUGUAAAAGUAAUAGUUUCCAGUCCACUGUACAACACUCCUUUCAGCCGAUUGCUCCCAGGUCUGAUAAAAAUAAGAACCCCAAUUGUGGGUUUACAAGCUUCAUUCCCCUUCAGUAGUAAUAGCGCCAAGCUUCUGCUGCAGCCAGAUGGCACCUACACCACUCAAAUCCUGGGCUUCAGCGUUCAUACUUUUGCUGAAGAUGUGAAGUUUUCAUUUAAUUUUGGAGAUGGUUCACCACUACUUAUUGUCAGUGGAAGACAGAAUAGCUUUGAUGGCACAUUUGCAAACGGACGUCACAGAUUUACCAGAGAGGGUGUGUUCCACAUCACAGUGUCAGCCUUUAACGAGUUCUACAAUUCUACCAAUGAACUUGGUGCAUAUUUUGUACAAAUGGUUCCAGAAGGCUUGGUGCUUAACAUGAAUUCCAGUGUGAUUCAUAAAAACGAAAUCAUCCUUUUCAGUGCAAAGCUGACUAGAGGAACUGCUGUGACAUACAGUUGGAAUAUGGGUGAUCAGACUUCAUAUGUAGAUGAAGGUCCUGUAAUUAAACACAAGUUUUUGUCGGCUGGAAUCUACAAUGUCACAGUAAAUGCAUGGAAUAAAGUGGGAGCGGACUUGACCUACGUCAUUGUGGCUGUACUUUACAGAAUGCAACCUGUUUCUGUCUUUGCAUACAAGACAAUAUAUGCCACGUAUUCUGACAUCAUGUUCACAGCUAUAACUGCAGAGGAUGAGCCACUGCAAUUUGUCUGGUAUUUUGGAGACAAACUACCAGUGAAAACUACAUCGCGCAGCAUAACCACAAUAUAUUCAACACCAGGGAAGUACAACGUGAUAGUGAAUGCAUCGAACCAGAUUAGUUCAUUCACGUCAAACAUCUAUCCGAUAGAGCUGCAGCAAGCAGUUGAACCAAACAGACUUAGAAUAAACAAUCAAGAUCUUACCUCAGUUCUCUUAAACUCCAGUGUUGCUGUGGAAGUACGCAUUAACUACGGGACCAAACUCUCAUACUUGUGGAAUUUUGGUGAUGGUACCGUGAGAACUGGGAGCAGGAGGGAGUAUCACCGUUAUGAUAGUGAAGGAGAAUUUACAGUUGAAGUCGUCAUCUUUAACAACGUGAGCUCAGCUGUAAUCUCUGGCCAGCUCUUUGUUAUUUCUGAGAAUUGUCAGCCUCCUCCAGUGAAAACCUAUGGCCCAUCUAAAAUAGAGGUUAGAAGAUACCAGUCCUUCAACCUUGGGGUUACAUUUGAGAGUGAGUUUGUCUGUAAUAUCUCAAGAGGUAUACAAUACAGUUGGUCCUUCUUUGAACAAGAUGGUUCGCUGGUCACACUGGCACAGGUUGAUGUUAAUAAACAACUUAUAAUUAUUCCAGGAUAUCUAUUGAAUUAUGGAAUCUACCUUGCAAUUGCCCGGGUUCAAAUUGUUGGCAGUGUGGUUUACAAUAACUACACUGUAAGUGUUGCAAUCCUUGCUACUCCGCCAGUGAGUGUGAUUUCAGGUGGCACACACCUCUUCAUAAAUUACAAGCAUCAAUCCAUCAUCAGUUUGAAUGGAUCAGAAUCAUAUGAUCCAGAUUACCCAGGCACUUCAGACCUAAGGUUUUUCUGGUCCUGUGAAGCAGUGAGUAGCUUGGAUGUCCCUUGUUUCAGACAUAACCUGAACAAAACUUUGGACACAACUUCCAGUAUAAUCAAGGUCCCACUGUCGACCUUAAAAGCUGACAUUGACCAGUUUCUUUUCAAGUUAACAGUUAGCAGUGAUAACAGAAAUUCUUCAGAAGCGCUUCUGUUUAUAACAGUUAAGAAAGAAGAUCACUUAAGGCAAGUUCUCAAAUAUCAUAGUGUUCCAAUUAUUGUUGGGAGAAUGCCUGCCAAAUUUGUAACCCACGAUACUUUUUACAGGCUGGUAAAACUCUUUUGUGUUGACUGUGUGAAUAAUUCAGUCAAUUGGAAUGAUGCAUUUUCUCUCAAAGCUGUGUGUGAGGAAUGCACAGAAACUGUGAAUCUCUCAUAUUCUUGGAAGUUAUUCCUUGUGAAUUCAACAGAGACAGAACUUUUUGAAGUUCCCUUCUGCAGACUGGUGGUGGACAGCUUGCAGUCAAAUUUGCAUGGCCCCAUUGUGGUUAACGAUUCUCCUGCACUUGAAGCGACUACCAGCACACAAACAUCAGUGACAGCAACUAUUCACUCCAGCAUUCAAUCCACAGCCAGUCACAAAAUCAAAGGCACUCACGGAACUUGGAUUGGUCCAUUUGGUCAAAAUAAUUCUGGUAAUGUUACCAGCACCACUACAGUUUCAACUUUCCCUGUUACUCCAAUUCAUACCUCCCUAACCAACGUAACAAACAGAAUAGGAAGAAUGACUACUUUAAAGGGUCCAUUCCCCUUUCCAGUUCCCGAAGAGCAGUUAUCAGCAGGAAGACCUCAGAGAAGAAUUCCUCGAGCUGCUCAGUCAAUAGGUUCUUCACUCAUCAAUGCUUCAGAUAUCAAUGGGACUCUGAAUGCUGCUGGAAAUAAGAGCUUCUCCACAGUUUAUGAAAAAUUGAAGACCACAUCAUUGCCUGUGUCUAAUUCUCCCAAAGUGAAUGGUUCUCGCAUGGAAAGAGGUGGAUCACAACUUGAGAUCUCAGAGAGUGGAAUCAUUGAAAGAGGAGGAUCCUUUUCGGGAGGAGGAUCGAGCAGCUCAACACCAUUUCCAGGAUUGCCGGUUGUUCCAGCAACCGCCAGCAACAACACCAAUAUGACUAUUAGUGGAAGUGUCUUUGGAGAAGGUUCUUCCAACGCAACAGAGAACACCACUGAUACAACAGAAUAUGACACACAUUAUAAUACAGUAGAAGGGACUUUCGGAUCUGGUGGGAGACCAGGAUUUCAAGGAGGUGGAUCCAGUGGGAAUAGCAUUGCUACAGGUGCCGGUGGAAAUGAAGGAUCCAAUUUUGGAUCGGAAACGGGAGGUGGUGAUGACGUACUCCCAGACAUUCCGCCUCCAAUUCCAUCCAGACCCACUCCCAUGAUCGAAUGGACUAAAGUGCAAAUUAAUAAUGGGAAGUUUGAAACAUUCACCACCACAGGUACAAAAUCACAAACACUAACAUUUAAACCCUUUGGCCUGCAAAGUAAGAAAGUUUACAUGCUAGAAGUUAUUGUUAGAGGCCAGAGAGAAACAGGAAAAGCACAACAUUUUCUUUUCACCAACGAGGCUCCUCGGGGAUUGACGUGUGAAGUGCGACCCAGCAAAGGAUUAGAGAUUCAGACAGAUUACAGUAUAUUCUGUACAUCAGGGAGGAAGGAUCUGCAUUAUGAGUAUAGCUACAGUAUUGGUAAUGCAGCUGAAACUGUUCUAUAUGAUGGAAGGGAUCAUGAAUACUAUUUUCAUUUGCCCGCUGGAGAACCAACUGAUGGAUAUAAGUUGAAAAUCAACACUGUGAUCACUGAUCUACUCGGAUCAAAAACAAAACUGUGUUCAGUUACUCCAAUUGUUUUACCAACUAUUAAAACAAAUGAAGAACUGUACAUCCAGACGCUACAGAAUCUUUCAACUCAAAUUUUGUUAGGUAAUCAAAAAGAAACCAAAAAUAACAUUCUGUUAUUGACCAUGGUCCUCCAUCGACUUCAUAAAAAGGGGAGUGCCAGACAAGAUUUGCAGAAACAAACCAGAAAUGCUUUAAUCACAGCUCUCUGCAAUCUACCUACAUCUAAUCAGAGAGAGCUGAUGGGAACUGUCUCUGCCUUGCAAGACCUUAUUAAUGUGACCAAUGAGGUUACUUCAGAAAGUGCUCUGACUGUAACAAGAACAGUUAAGGAGAUGGUUAAACUUUUUAAUGAAUCUGGGGAUUUCAGACUGCAUGAAGAAUUAGUGAAGAAAAUGGUUCAUCUGGUUGCUGAUGUGAUGGGAGUGUCUGAUAACAGAACAGUAAAUUCAAAGAACCUGUUUCUCGACGGUCUCAAAGUGACAACUGACCUUUUAUUGCAUUAUGUGCUAAUCAGCAAUCAAUCACAGUUUUAUAUGAACACCAAUGUAAUGGAGCUCCAGACCUCUCAAAACCAUGGCUUUCUGAACACAGUGCAAAGUACACGUUCUGCUAAGUUUUUCCUUCCUGACUUUCUGGAUAAAGAGAUUGCUGCAAGAACUGGUGAAAGUAAGAGUUGCAUCAUCAGCCAUUUGAUCAGCUUCAAAAAUAAUCCAUAUGUUUGGGGAAAGUCCCCAAUGGAGAUUAAUGGUGAUGUUGCUGACCUCACACUGUAUAAUUGUACUAACAGAAGAAAAGUCGAAGUAAAAGGGCUCAGUACACCAGUUCUAAUUGAGUUUCAAAGGAAAGACUCGACUGAGCAGUUUAAGGUUUACAUCCUCAAUCGAACCCAGAUGAAUGUCCAUAUCCUGCCAGUGACACCAGCAAACCUGCAGCAGGCUCUGCAGCUUACUGUGAAUUUCAACAGAUCAAACCAGGAGGGGUUUCCCGUCAUGCUGCUCAUGAGAUCAAAUAAAGAGCCAACUCCAAGUAAAUAUAACUUAAAACAAGUCCAUCACUGGAAUGGAGAUGCAAUCCGGUUAUUUAUUCCAGCAUCAUCACUUAUGGGUACAGGAAUAUAUUAUCUUGGUCUCUUGGAUGCAAAUUAUAAUAGAAAACCAAAAAAUAAUUAUCUUGCCAACAACCUGAGUUACACUUUGAGUAUCCAGUGGACUCAAUGCUUGUACUGGGAUGAUAUCCACGAGUGGAAAUCUGAUGGCUGUUCACCCCAGCAGGAAUCAAACUCACAGAAAAUAAACUGCAGUUGCAACCACAUGACAACAUUUACAGUUGCUCAUCAGCCGGUCGAAAUCCAAGAUGUCAAGUUUACUGAUAUCUUGAUAUUUAUCAGUGCUUUUGAAAGCUAUGUCACUUGCAUCACAGUUCUGUUUGCGCUUACCUUCUACAUUCUACUGGUUAUCUUGUGUAAACGUAAGGACCUUUACCUUGAGACAAAACCUGGAGUAAUUGUUUUGCAAGACAACGCUCCCACUGACCAGCAUCUAUAUGAAAUCACUGUUGAAACGGGCUUCAGGACAAAGGCUGGAACCACUGCCAAGGUGUACAUCAAACUUUAUGGAGAAGAUGGUGUAUCUGAAACUAGAGAGUUAUACCACUCUGAGAAGCAAUUAUUUGAGAGGAAUUCCAGAUAUACAUUUAUAAUGAGUGCUCCAGAAAGUCUUGGUCCAAUUUGGAAGGUUCAUGUUUGGCACAACAAUGGUGGUCUUUCCCCGAGCUGGUAUGUCACCUCUGUGAUUGUCAAGGACGUGCUGAAUGGUAUGUGCUGGUUCUUUCCUGCUGAAUGCUGGCUUGCCGCAGAUGAAGGGGAUGGAAAAGUGGAACGAGAACUGAACUCGCUCACCCACGGGCCUGGCUUUAAAAAACUUCUAUACAGCAAAUUAACUGAGUAUCUGGAAGACUACCACAUUUGGGGAUCAGUAUAUUGUCGCCCAUCCUACAGCUCUUUUACACACACUCAGCGUCUCAGUAUCUGCCUUUGCCUUCUGUUGGGUUAUAUGUGUCUAAAUGCUGUGCUGACCAGCCUGAAGAAUGAGGAGUACACUGCUGAACUGGGUCUCAUUGAUGUCUCAACUGCCUCCUUGGUUACUGGCUUGAUUUCAACUGUGGCAGUUCUGCCAAUUGUAUUAUUGCUGUCAUUGCUAUUCAGAUUUAGCAAGGCGAAACUGUUGAGGGAAACUUCUGUUGAAGAGCAAUAUGGAACUACAAGAGAAUCCAAUAUAUAUUCUAUUGAAGCUCAUCGGGAUGCUCUGCUAUUCUCAGACAGCACAUUUGAAUCCUUUCUGUCCUGGCAGAACCUGCAACAGUGGGCACAGGAAGCAUGGAGGAAAAAAUAUGAGCGUGGUAUGUUGGACUCUCAAGCUCCCAGCAUUCAUUCGGAACAAUACAGUGAUGCAAACAACAAGAAGGGAGGAACUGCUCAUCUGAAGGCAGCUCCAGUGGAUUUGAAGAUUGCAGUUCAAGAGAAAUGUCAAGCCAACGCCAAAGAUCUCCAAACAUAUGUGGUGAAUCGAGCCAGACACUUCCUGCCAUCUUGGUGCAGUUAUCUGGCGUGGGUCAUCUGCCUUUUGAUGACCUUGGUGUUCAUGUUGAUAACAAGUCUGUUGGGAUUGCGGUUUGGACCAACCAAGUGUAUAUUGUGGUUACAUUCGUUGUUUUUUUCUCUCUUAUACUGCAUCUUUGUCAUCCAGCCUAUUGCAAUUUUUUGUACAGCAGCUGUAGUUGCACUGAAAAACAAGGAUUGCAGUGACUUUUACUUCAACUUUAUUGAUUCAAAUGCUUCAUCAGAUGUCUGCAAGCAAUGGAAUUCUGAGAGCUAUCCAAUUGAUACCCAUUAUAAUCCAUACUCUGCCCCAAUGGAUCUUGACAGGAUUGUGGCUGCACGUCAAAGGGCUCGAUAUUUACGAUUAGCUCGACCUCCAACUCCAGCACAGCUGAAAGAGGCCAAAGACCGUAUGAGAAAAGAAAACCUCAUUCAGCAGACAUUACAAGAAUUUGUGCUUUACAUUGUUAUGCUGAUACUACUGCUGUUGAUAACAUUUGGUAAAUUUUCCAAAGAUGAAUAUCGCCUCAAUCAAGCCAUCCGCAUGGAGUUUACAAGGAAUGUGAAAAAUCCUUUCAUAAAUAUUAAAUCAGCUGAUGAUUGGUGGAAUUGGAGUUUUACUACCUUGUUACAUGGGCUAUACUGGAGCACGUGGUACAACAAUGCUGCAGCCAAGAACCAGGCCGGUGCACUUUAUGGUAAGUGCUAUUUAAUUGGUGCACCAUCACUAAGGAAAAUCCAAGUCACAAGUGGAUCAACCUGCAAUAUUCCAGAAAUAUUUUCGGGGCUUGUACGAGACUGUGUAUCUCCACAUACCACUUUGGAUCACCAUUCACAGCACUCAAACUCCACAAAACCUGCAAGAAGUGAUAAGUUCAGUCAAUGUGGCCAAUUUAAUUGCGACAAAAGGAAGGGAACAAUUAUUAGCCUUGGUCAAACAUGGAAGGAGGCCUAUGCAACACUAUUGACAUUGAAGGAGGCCAAGUGGAUUGAUUGGAGCACCAGAGCAGUGAUAGUGGAAUUCACCCUCUACAAUCCCCCCACCAACCUCUUCAGCAUUAUCUCCCUGUUGGCAGAGCUUCCACCAUCAGGAGGUGUUCUUCCAAUAGUUCAUAUAGAGUCAGUCAGUAUCUACCAGGAAAAUUCUCUUCUGGACUAUUUCCUCAUGGCCUUUGAGCUUUUGUUCCUGGUCCUUAUCCUGCUUCACCUAUAUUUCCAGGUGUGCAGGAUGACUCAGCGAGGUGUUCUGAGUUACUGGAGAGAGCCAUGGAACUGGCUGGAGGUUGGACUUGUCGUAAUCAGUAUAUUUUAUUACGUGUACUAUGUGUUUUACUUCGUUUUGGCUGUGGAUAUCAUUGACCAUCUUCACAGUGGAUAUUUCAAAACGUUUGUGGAUAUGAGCUUCAUUUCUGCAUGGAUAAAGGUGAAACGUUUUCUUCAUGGUUUGCUCGUGUUCCUGCUUUUAAUAAAAAGCAUCCAUUUAUUACGUGUUAACAAGAUGAUGGCACCCUGUGUAACAAUGCUGCGGCUGUCCUAUUCUGGUCUGGCCGUACCAGUGUUCUGUGGGAUUAUAGUCAUCAUAGCUUACUCCUGCCUUGGGAAUUUGCUGUUCCUGUCAGAAUCCUAUUCAUUCAGCACUGUAGUGAGAGCUUUUCAGACAUUGCUAAUGUACUUUAUGGGGAUUGGCGAAAUGAGAACACUUUCAACGCUAUACAAGUUAAACCAGAUAUCCAUUGCAGUCUAUUAUGGAGCAUUCUCUUUUGUUAUGACCGUACUAUGGGCUGGACUGUUUAUAGGGAUUCUCAUCUCAAUGGCAGAAGAAGCAAAGAAGUCAUCACGGAGCAAGCACUUGGUGACGUUCACUGAGGUUGCUGAUUAUGCUCGGGAAAAGAUUAUGACUUUCACUGGAAGGAACAGACACAUAGAGGCAGAUUAUGUUUCAACACGAGGAAAUAACUUUUACCUGGAUGAAUUUGAAAACUUGAUGGAUGAAUUGUUGUUCCGACUGAAUGCACUGUCAAACAGUCUUCACUACUCUCUAGCAGAAAAGCCACAUUAUCAAUUAGCUCAUGGUUAUUACUACAACCAAGAGACUCACAGAUUUAAUGAAAAUCAUUUGGAGCAUAAAGUUUACAAACUUGAAGAACUAUUCAGGAACAAUCUGCAGAUAUAUCAACUCUUAAUUCCAGGAAAAGAACACAAUUCUGAUUCAGACAUCACAGAUAUCAAAAUGCUAAGGUCCAAGCUCGAGUUAGAGACCCUUCAUCAACUUCAAAUCUCCCAAGAAAACAUGUUUAGAACAUCUGAAAGUGCUCAAAGUGGUCGUGGAUCGACAUACCCCCAGAAGAGGGUUGAUGUAGAUUCUUCGAUUACACGGGAUGACGUUUCAUUCACUGAUGACAGAGCUGUAAAUAUUGUUCCCUGCAGUGCUCCAGAUCCAUCAGAAACAUUCUGCAAUUCCGAUUCUUGCGCUGUGUCCACCCAGAAUGAAUCUCCACAACCAGUGGACUCCUUAAGUGCUGAACAUUAUAAUCUUGCAAAACUAGGAGAUACGUUGCCCCAUGUCUUGUGUGGAAUUAAAUGUCCAGAGAAGCAGGCGGCACAGACACGGAUGCUGGAGAGUAGACUGACUGGUCAGCAACGUAGCUCCUCAGCCUGCACCUCAGGAAAGAACCGUAAACAGCUUAAACGCUCACACACAACAGUUAUUCAGAUCCUCGACAACACCAAGGACCUAUCAGUUAAAGCGAUUAAAGUCUCGCAGCAAACUACUUCAGGCAAGUGCCUUGGAAACCAAAUUGUCCAACCAAGCACUGAACACCAAUCUCCAUCUGAGCAAAAUAAUAUGUCAGAAAGACAUGCUCGAAUAUCAGAGAAUUCUGAAAGUUCAAUCCAGUCUUCAGGAAGCAAAGGUGAACAAGAUGAAAUUGUAGGUAUGCCCGAUCUUCCGGGAUGCGUAAAGCAGUGUUGGUGAUUAUUCAUAAAAUAGAGAGAAGCUCAUCCACCUUGUAUUCAAUUUCCCUUUUGAUUCAAGGAAUUCUAAUGGCAAAUAUGUUCCUGUUUUAUUUAUUUUCCAUAUCUAAUCAAAGCAUAUGAAAUACAUUAGUGAUUUUGUUUGAAAUUCUUAAUUCUAUUGCAGUCCUCAAAAGGUUAAUGAUUUUGUUAAUAUAAAACAUAAUACUGAGCCCUACUUUAAAAACGAACAUUUCUUUCUUUUCUGAGUGUUGCAAUCAUUUUUUUUGGAUGGAGGAAUGCAAAUUGGAGACAUCAGUCAUUGGUCUUUGGUGCUAAACAGAUUUAGAUUAUCAGCCGCUGGCUGUUGUUUCAUUUGAAAUCAAUGGAAUUAAACAUGAGAAGUAAGUGGAACUGAUUGUAGAUGCUCAGGCUCCUGUUUAGUGUGAAGGAAGAGAGAUAAAUCCAUUUCUCUUGCUCAAUCAACUCCACACAAUGUACAAUAUCAAUCCUUUACAAUGUUAUGUUUUCCCAGGACUUCACUCCAGAAAUAUUCUCUGUUAUGUUCUACAGUGGUUAGCUGGAGAGAGAAAAUAGGAGCAUGAGUAGGCCAUUCAUUUCUAAGAAUGAAUGAAUUAUUAAAUAAGUUUAUGUUUAUUGGCCAGCUAUGUACACAUACAAGGAAUUUGCCUUGGUGCUCCGCUCGCAAGUAACAACACGACAAACAAUAACAAUUAAGAAUGACACAUAAAACAUUAAUAAUAAAACAUUAUAGUUUAUGGGCUUCCACUACCAUUCAACACGAUCAUGAAUGAAUUUUCUUCCUGCUAGUUUGCUCCUAUGUGUUCAUGCUGAAUGCCUCUGCUUUCCUGGACUUUCGACAUCAAACAGAGCCUUUCACUGCUCUACUCAAACUCAAAGCACUCAAACUUUCUGCCAUCUCCAAGUACUUUUUGAUGUGUGGGGAAUGGAAUGGUAUAGAUCAUGUGCAGGCAGAUGAGAUUUGUUUAUCUUGGCAUCAUGUGGGCCAGCAGACAUUGUGGGCUGAAGGGCCUGUCCCUGUGCUGUACUCUUCCAAAUUCCAUCUUCCAUAUUCUACUCGAGUAGAAUUAAUGCAGCAAUUUCUUGCUCCUUCAUCCCCUUUUAGCUUCAGCCAGUGAUCUUUUCAUUCAGUAAGAAGCAACCCGUACCAUUCCACACAUCCCAUUUACCCUCAGUGAAGCAGUCAUUGCCCUCACCUGAGAUUUCCAUUCCAGUAUUUCAUGGCAUAAUCUGACAAUAUUUUAGUCAUCUUCCCAGGUCCCCAUAUUCUACCUGAACUAACUUUGAAUUAUCACCUACCUGGUCACAGUCUUACCAUUUAUUUUGCCCAUGGCCCUCUACUUUCCCCACAAAUAAAACCACCCACAUAGAUCUUCUUGGUCUGCUGAGCGAGUUGGGCUGAAGGGCCUGUUCCCAUGUUGUAUUUAGACAAGAAAUUAGACAAAUAUAGAUUGCACCCACAGAUAGCGCAAACAAUCCCCUGAUACAUCCAAUAAAAAUGCAAUUUAAUG